AUGUUGUCUAAAAUUAUUCGUAAUAACUCCCUCUACAACACCGUUAAGAAGGGUUUCGCCUCUGGCUCUAAUAGCAUUAUCGGUAUUGAUUUGGGUACCACUAACUCUUGUGUUGCCAUUAUGGAAGGUAGCGCCCCUAAGAUUAUUGAAAAUGCUGAAGGUUUCAGAACUACUCCCUCUGUCGUUGCUAUCCUUCCCGAUGGUUCCAGACUUGUUGGUGCUCCCGCUAAGAGAUAGGCUGUUACUAACCCUGAAAACACUCUUUAUGCCACCAAGAGAUUGAUCGGUAGAAAGUUCGAAGACCCCAUGGUCCAAAAGGAUGCUAAGCAUUUAUCUUACAAGGUUGUUAGAAACUCCAACGGUGACGCUUGGGUUGCUGCUUAAGGUAAGAACUACUCUCCCUCUCAAGUUGGUUCCUUCGUCUUAACCAAGAUGAAAGAAACUGCUGAAGCUUAUUUGGGCAAGAAUGUUAAGUAGGCUGUCGUUACUGUCCCUGCUUAUUUCAACGAUCAAUAAAGAUAAGCUACCACUGAUGCUGGUAAAAUCUCUGGUUUGGAAGUUAAGAGAAUCAUCAACGAACCUACCGCUGCUGCUUUGGCUUACGGUAUGGAAAAGACUGGUGGUAAAGUUGUUGCUGUCUAUGACUUAGGUGGUGGUACUUUCGAUAUUUCUAUUUUAGAAUUAGCUGAUGGUGUCUUCGAAGUCAAGGCUACCAAUGGUGAUACUUCUUGCGGUGGUGAAGAUGUUGAUGGUAUGAUCGCUGAAUACAUCAUCAAGGAAUUCAAGUCCCAAUCUGGUAUUGAUAUUCACUCUGACAAGAUGGCUAUCCAAAGAGUCAGAGAAGCUGCUGAAAAGGCCAAAUGCGAACUCUCCUCCACCAACACCACUGAAAUCAACUUGCCUUACUUGACUGCUGAUGCUUCUGGACCCAAGCAUUGCAACUUAUAAAUUACUAGAGCUAAAUUCGAAAGCUUGUGCGGUGAUUUCUUAAAGAAGACCAUCAAGCCCUGCGAAAUCUGCUUAAAGGACUCCGGUAUUUCCAAGGACAAGAUUGACGAAGUCAUCUUAGUCGGUGGUUCUACUCGUAUUCCCAUGGUUCAAAAGCUCGUUGCUGACUUCUUCGGUAAGACCCCCAAUAAAUCCGUCAAUCCCGAUGAAGCCGUCGCUGCUGGUGCUGCCAUCCAAGGUGCUGUCCUCGAAGGUACCGUUAAGGACGUUAUUCUUCUCGACGUUACCCCUCUUACCUUAGGUAUUGAAACUUAUGGUGGUGUCAUGACCAAGAUGAUUGAAAGAAACACUACCAUUCCUACCAGAAAAUCCUAAGUUUUCUCUACUGCUGGUGACAACUAAACUGUCGUCUCUAUCAGAGUCUUCUAAGGUGAAAGACCCAUGGUUAAGGAUAACAAGCUCCUCGGUAAUUUCGAUCUUGCUGAUAUCCCUCCUGCUCCUAAGGGUGUUCCCCAAAUCGAAGUUACUUUCGAUAUUGAUUAAUCUGGUAUCGUCCACGUCACCGCUAAGGAUAAGGGUACUGGUAAACAACAAAACGUCGUUAUCCAAUCUUCUGGUGGUCUCAGCAAGUCUCAAAUCGAAGAUAUGAUUAGAGAAGCUGAAGCUCACAAGGAAGAAGAUAACAAGAGAAGAGAACUUGUUGACCUCAAGAAUGAAGGUGACAAGGUCUAUCACAACACUGAAAAGUCCCUCCAAACUCACAAGAGCAAACUUCCUUCUGAAGUUGUUGCUGAAGUCGAAAAGGAACUUGCUGAACUCAAGACCUCCCUUGACAACUCUAACUUAGGAUCUGAAGAUGUUGAAAAGCUCAAAACUUAAAUUCAAAAUGUUAACAAUGCUGCCCAAAAGAUUGGUGAAGCUAUUUACAAGAACUCUGGUGCUUCUGAAUCUGAAAAUCAAUAAUAAAACUAAGAACAUUAACACGAAGAAGAAAACAAGCGUCAAUGA